CGGAUACGGAGGUUCUCACCGGAUAAGGAUUGCCAAUGUCAUUUCCUGGACCAACAUGUCGGACAUGAAGCGGCAGAAAGUCCGUCACGACUGCGCGGGCGGCGACAGCGAUGGAGAUUCAAGAUGUCCAUAUAGCUUUCCGUUUCCUCCUUAUUCAAUACAGGAAGACUUUAUGAAGCAGAUCUACAACACUAUCUCGCAGUCCAAGAUCGGGAUCUUCGAGUCGCCCACGGGAACGGGAAAGUCACUGAGCAUAAUCUGCGGAGUCUUGACAUGGCUUCGCGACAACACUGAUGCGAAUGGUGUCCUCCUGCCAGAGAAGAAGGAAAAUAACGACGAGACCUCGGUGGCUCCAUCAAACGAACCAUCUUGGAUGCGCAAUUUCCAAGUCCCCGCCGAAUCCACGUCGCAACGGGCUCUGAAAGAUAUUUGCACCAAGUUGGCAGAGAUCCGAGCAAAUCCUACCCACAGUCGCAUUCGCGACACACGACUCAUGCACGGAGGAAGACCUCAUCCAGGUCUUGUCCAUACAAAACACAAAAAGGACGAGCCCACAGGCGACGAAAUGCACAUCGUCCCAGCUUACGAGAGCGGCAACGAGUCGCCAAAGGAUGCAAACGACAGCGACGACGAUGACUGUUCGUUGAAUCGAUUCCCUUCGGAGCCCGUCGACUACAACGUUGUACAGGUACUGGUGUCUUGCACAUUCAAAGGUCCUUUGUGUGUUCAGAAUCCCCUCCUUCCUUGCCGUGCACGCAGAUCUUUUACUGCAGUCGCACGCAUUCCCAGUUGAGUCAAUUCAUGCACGAAAUCAAGAAAACAGAAUUCGGUAAAACAAUUCGCACCCUCACAUUAGGAGCGAGAAAGUCGUUGUGCAUCCACCCCGACGUGCGAAAGCUCUCGUCAGAUACGGCCAUGAGUGAUAAGUGUCUCGAUAUGAUUCAAUCCACCAAGUCGAAAACGCCCGGCUGUCCAUACAACAAACGAAACACUCAAGUGUACUUUCGAAAUCACGCUCUUGCCCAAGUUCAGGACAUUGAAGAGUUACACGACCUCGGAGAACAAAUGUCGAGUUGCUCGUACUACGGCACACGUUCGGCAAUCCCGCUGGCGCAAGUCAUUGCAAUGCCUUACUCAAUGCUCCUUAGCAAGUCGACUCGGGAAUCGAUGGGUAUCAAUAUCAAAGGCAGCAUCGUGAUCUUUGACGAGGCCCACAACAUUGCGGAUGCAGUCAAUAACACGUAUAGCGUAACUGUGUCGGGUCAGCACCUCAUCAAGACUCGCCGCCAAGUAUGGAGUUAUUUUCAAAGAUACGAAAAACGACUGCAAGGACGCAAUGUGUACUACAUCAAGCAACUCUUGGCAGUACUGCAAAAUUGCCACAAAUUUCUCACGUCGAAGUCGGCGUUAAACGCAAUAUUCACAAUCACCGACUUCCUCUUUGAAGCGAAGGUGGAUAACAUCAACUUGUUCAAGAUCCAACAAUACUUGGAACGAAGCAAACUGGCCCAAAAGUUGCUCGGGUUUGUCGCCAGCGAAGAUGGUAGCGAGGGGGUGGUGACCCAUGUGUCUCCGCUACGAACGAUCGGAGCUUUUUUCAUGGCCCUGACAACGGCUACUGCCAACGGCCGUAUUCUGGUCACGCAGCAGGAAAAGGAGGAGGGUGGAAAAGAGCAUUGCCUCAAGUUUAUGCUGCUCAACCCGGCGCUUCAUUUUUCAGAUAUUAUCGCCGAAGCCAAGUCCGUUAUCUUGGCCGGAGGGACCAUGCAACCUGUGUCGCAAGUAUUGCACUCGCUGCUCCUGGGCGUCGAUUCCCAGCGCGUCGACAUGUUUUCAUGCGGUCAUAUCAUUCCACCAACAAAUUUGACGAGCGUUGCUCUGGCGGUGGGGCCAACCAACACGGAGUUGGACUUUACAUUUUCCAAGCGCAAUCGCACAGAAGUAAUGGACGAAGUCGGUCGCAUCGUGCUCAAUCUCGUUCGCGUCGUUCCGGGUGGCCUGGUCGUGUUUUUUCCAUCCUACUCGUAUGAAAAUCAAGUAGUCCAGCAUUGGCAAUCCACAGGUGUGUUGGCUGCAAUCGAAGCGAAAAAAGUGGCUUUUCGGGAGCCAAAGUGCACAGCCGAAGUCGAUUCCGUGUUGACAUCGUUCGCCGCUCAGUGCCAAGCCUCUGGGGCGAUUUUGUUUAGCGUGGUGGGGGGUAAAAUGUCGGAAGGUAUCAACUUCAGCGACGACUUGGCUCGUUGCGUUGUCAUGGUCGGAUUGCCAUACCCAAAUCCACAUGAUCCCGAGCUGACGCAGCAAAUGGAAUACAUGACCCAGAGCGUGUCGGGGCUGUCGGCGCAUGACUUUUACACGAAUUUGUGCAUGAAGGCCGUGAAUCAAUCGAUUGGGCGAUCUAUUCGCCAUCGAAACGACUUUGCUAGCAUUGUUCUGCUUGACCGUCGCUACAACACAAUCGCAAUUCGGUCGCGGCUCCCUCGAUGGAUUAACGAUCGCACGGUGUCCUACCCCACGUUCGGCCCCACGAUUCCACAUCUGGUUCAGUUUUUCAAGCAUCAUCGCGCCAACGAAACCAAUGCUGGAGGCAGAACAAGCUAAAAUGCACAAAACGAGCUGCCGUGCUCACCCCAAGACAUUAAUGAGCGGUAGUGAGUGCAGUGGCAUUGAUAAAGUCAAUAGAUUUCCCACACUUGACCGUA